AUGUCCAGCCCAGCUAAAAAGCGCAAGAGAAAUGGCAACGAAUCAUCGCCCCAACAGAUGCGCAGUAUUGAAUCGUUCUUCAAAGGACAAGCAACCAAGCACGCGAAACAGGCAGAGCCGCAACCAGAACCAGAGCCAGAGCUAGAGCCGACAGAGCAGACCUUGUCGGAUGAGGCGUUGGCCCGAAAGCUUCAGGCUGAAUGGAACCAAGAAGAAGAUGGAACACCUUCUUUUAGAGACACGAAUCAAGCUGUCGAUACAGACUCCGAACCAAAACAAGUUUCAACGGUGCCCACGAUACCAGUAGAUGCGAUCCCGGCAGCUCCGUCGACACCAAAGAAGAAUACACUAUCUUUGCAAUCAUCUACGGGAACGGAAGAUACAGUCUCGCUAGCUGUUCCGUUUGAUCAAAGCCCGCAGACAUUUGACGCGACCAAAUAUGCCACGGAGCUGCAGUCACAUUGGGCUACCGAGGGCGGCGACGCCUCCUACGCGUUGCUGACAAGGGCAUUCGUGCUUGCCAAUGCAACCACCAGCAGGAUCAAGAUUGUUGAUACAUUGGUCAAUUUCCUUCGAGUGUUAAUCGAAGGAGACCCUUCCAGCCUGCUUCCUGCAGUUUGGUUAGCGACCAACUCGAUUACGCCGCCGUAUGACGAAAUAGAGCUAGGACUUGGAGGCUCCUCCAUCUCCAAAGCUCUGAAGAAGAUAUACGGCCUCGACAACCAAGGUCUCAAAACUCUUUAUAACAAACACGGCGAUGCAGGCGACGUCGCAUUUGAAGCUAAGAAACGGCAGGCCUUUACUCUAGCCAAGCCGAAGCCUCUCAAAAUCAAAGGCGUGUAUCAGUCACUGCUGAAAAUCGCUACCAGUAAAGGAUCUGGAAGUCAAGAAGCCAAGCAGCGGAUUGUAGAGAAACUACUGCAGGAUACGCGAGGCGCAGAGGAAAGCCGAUAUAUCGUGAGGACCUUGGUUCAGAACCUACGAAUUGGAGCUGUCAAAACCACUAUGCUGAUUGCCCUUGCCCGCGCAUUCCUCUACUCGAAACCCGAUGGCACAGAGUAUACAAUCCGAUCGCGAGAUGAGUUGGCUCGACUGAAGAAAGAUGAGCUCGCCGAGAUCUACAACAACGCCGAAGAAAUUGUCAAGGCGUCUUAUGCGAGGCAUCCGGACUACAAUGACCUUGUACCAUGCCUUUUAGAGACUGGCGUGACCGAAGAGCUUCUCAUCCGCUGUGGCUUGGUUCUGCAUAUUCCAUUGCGGCCAAUGCUGGGAAGCAUCACCCGCGAUCUUGCGGAUAUGUUGACAAAGCUUCAAGGAAGAGAUUUCAGUUGUGAAUACAAAUACGACGGACAACGUGCCCAAGUGCAUUGCGAUGAGACAGGCAAAGUCUCUAUCUUUUCUCGACACCUCGAGCUCAUGACAGAAAAAUACCCCGACCUGGUAUCUCUCGUGCCGCAAAUUCGCGGAGAGAGCGUGUCAAGCUUCAUCCUCGAGGGUGAAGUCGUUGCCGUGGACAGCGAGACAGGAGAUUUGAAAACCUUCCAAACACUUACGAAUCGCGCAAAGAAGAAUGUCGAAAUCGGAGCCAUCAAGGUCAAUGUGUGUCUUUUCUCAUUCGACCUCAUGUACCUCAACGGGGAACCAUUGUUAGAUCGACCAUUUCGAGAACGCCGCGAGCUCCUUCGCAGUCUUUUUGUCGAGAUUCCAAACAGAUUUACCUGGGUGAAAAAUCUGGAUGCGACAUCUGCGGACUCCGAAACCGUUCUGGAGUUCUUCAAGGGCGCCACCGAUGCCAAAUGCGAGGGCAUAAUGGUAAAAGUUCUCGACAACACCACCAGGACCAAUAAUGCUAUCCAAAGCACCGAGACAGAUCAACCCGACAUUGAAAGCAAUCCGCCCGAACCACCAGAAGCAAACAACGGCACCAACCCCCCCAAAGAAAAAACAACCCGGCGCAAAGCCCUCCUAUCCACCUACGAACCAGACAAACGCCUCGAAUCCUGGCUCAAAGUUAAAAAAGACUAUAACACCUCCUCCGAAACCCUCGACCUCAUCCCCAUCGCAGGCUGGCACGGCAACGGCCGCAAAGCCAAAUGGUGGUCCCCCAUCCUCCUCGCCGUGCGCAACCCAGAAACAGGCAUCCUCGAAGCAGUAACGAAAUGCAUGUCCGGCUUCACGGACAAGUUCUACCAAGCCAACAAAGAAAAGUACGCCCCCGGUAGUCACAACGUGAUCUCCCGACCCAGCUAUGUGGAUUACAACGGCGAACCGGAUGUGUGGUUCGAGCCACAGGAGGUGUGGGAGAUGGCGUUUGCGGAUAUCACGCUUAGUCCGACAUAUACGGCGGCGAUUGGGCUGGUGAGUGAGGAGCGGGGGCUGAGUUUGCGGUUUCCGCGGUUUUUGAAGGUUAGGGAGGAUAAGUCGAUUGAUGAGGCGACGACGUCGGACUACUUGGCGCUGUUGUGGAGGAAGCAGGGGGAGAAAGUGAACGCUCAAGGGGAGGGUGAGGGUGGUGAGGAGCAAUUAGGGUGGCAGGAGGAGUGA